AUGGUGGCUGGACCAGCAGCAGAGCAGAGGGAGCAGCAGCAAGGUGGGAGUUGUUCGGCAGCAGCAGCAGCAGCUGCUGCUGCAGGCAGCAGCGGUAUUUCUAAGGGAUGUUGCUGCCGCAUGAGCAGCAGCAACAGCAACAACGGCAGCAACAACAGCAGCUGCAGCGGCAAAUGGAUGUCGCAGGGUGUGGCGCUGGAUCGCAGCAUUUGUAUCUGCAUUGUAGGCGGAGGUAAUAUUGCUGCUGCUGCUGCUGCUUGGCUGUCUCGAGCUGACAAGAGUUUCUGCGUUCACGUUUUAACGAGACAGCCGCAGAAAUGGAGGACAAAUAUCCACGUGCGGGCCAACCCGACAUGCAGAUGGGGAGCAAUGAAACCUUAUGAAGCAAAUAUUAACCUAAUAACAGAUAACCCCGAGGCAGCAGUCAGCAAUGCUGAUAUCGUUGCACUUGCAGCGCCUGCACAUCUUCAUUUGGAAUUAAUUAAAAAAGUUAUGCCGUACUUAAAAGACGGCGUUCUUUUCGGCACUUUGUUUGCUCAAGGUGGUUUUGACUGGGCUGUUGAGAGUGCGUUAGGCGAAGGGCAGCGACGCCUCAGCGCCGUCUUUGGCCUUCAGCACGUCCCUUGGCUGGCGCGGUGGGAGAAGCACGGCGAGUCUGUGGAGCUUAUUGGGCCUAAGGAAUUUCUAUGUGCUGCAGUCUCCCCUCCUUGCGCCCGUUCACUGGUGCAGCAGCUGCUGCAAGUUUGCUUCGAUCAGCCCUGCAAGCUGUUGCCUAACUUCUUGUGUCUCACUCUCACUCCCAGCAACCAGAUUAUACACCCCGCAAGGUAA